ACCAGAUUGAAUCAAAACAAGUGUUGUGACUGCUGUUUACGUUUGUUUUAGUUUGUAGACCAAGCACUUUGAGUUUAAAUCAUGGAGUAUUUAAAUUCCCAAAUAAUAUUGUAGAGGCUAGGACGUUGUUGUACAGUUAACUAGCAACAGCUCGCACUUAUGUUUAAAGUCGCUGGAUACCCAUCAACUACUGCUUCAAAAUGAGCAUGCUAACGGUGGAGGAGUGUGAGCUUCUCACAGACUCCAAGUACAGGUCUUACAUCACCCAGGUGGAAAAGGCACUCCGAAGUUUUGAAUACACAAGUGAAUGGGCGGAUCUCAUUUCUGCAUUAGGAAAACUAAAUAAGGUACUGCUAUCCCAUCUGAAAUAUCCUGUGAUCCCUAAAAAAGUCACCAUCGGCAAACGAUUAGCCCAGUGUUUACAUCCAGCCCUGCCAAGUGGAGUCCACCUCAAAGCCUUAGAGACAUAUGAUAUCAUCUUUAAAUGUAUUGGCACCCAGCGCUUGGCCCAUGAUUUAUUUAUCUACUGCGCUGGGCUGUUCCCGCUGCUAAGCCAUGCUGCCAUGAGUGUAAAGCCAAUUUUGUUGACAAUAUAUGAGAGACACUUUGUGGCUCUGGGCCGCCACAUCAAGCCUGGAUUAAAUGGUCUGCUGCUUGGUCUGUUACCUGGGCUGGAGGAAGGAGCUGAAUAUUUUGAGAGAACUAAUCUACUUUUGGAAGAUUUUUGCAAUGCUGUUGGUCCACCAUUCUUCUACACUGGUAUCUGGGAGUGUAUGUUAUCUUGUCCAAGUGUUCGGCUCUGUGGCUCCACCUACCUGCUCAAUCAUCUGAACAAAAGACAAAGUAUGGAAGACCAGUUGCAUAUGGUUGGCCUGAAUAUUAAUCUUAUGGUUGAUGGGAUCUGCGGCUGUCUGCAGGAUUCCAGCGUACUGGUCCAAAGGAGCAUGCUGGACUUUCUUCUCUUGGCUUUUCCCAUGCAUAAUGGCCAGAUGACAAGAGCCGACUUGGCCAAAGUGGUUGAGUCUGCUGUGAAUGUCGUAUUACGAAGGGACAUGUCAUUAAACAGACGUCUCUAUGCCUGGUUGCUAGGCACCAGCACAACAGCUACCACGGCUACAGUGACGUCAGAUUCUCACUACAGACAGAGAGCAGAUAGUUCCUCCACCAUCAGUGAAAUGGACAACACAUAUUUUCAAACAUAUUCUAAAGACCUGUUGGUCACCGCGCUAAAAACCAAACUAAUGGAAGAAGAUCCCUUCUCCUCAUCAUCCUCUGAUGGUCUUGCUUCAGUGCUGAAACCAUUCCGCAUCCUCAUCAGCCUGCUUGACAAGCCAGAGAUCGGACCAGUCAUCAUAGAGAAUGUUUUACUCUCCGUCUUCCGGCGGCUCAAGCAGGACGGCACAGCUCACGUCUCCAGUGACGCUGGGAAAAGUUUGCUGGUGACGCCAGAGACGAAGCUGCCGCUGGAGACUUUAAAAACUGCCAACCUGCUGUUUGGGUCAUUUGAGCCCUACUUCCUGUGGGACUUCAUCGCUCGGAUGUUUGCUGCUGCGUGUGAACAAAAGCAGAGUGGUGGGAAAUCUGACAGCCAGGCAGAGGCUGUUUCUGUCAUUGAGCUUUGUCAGCUGGUGGAGUUUGUGCUGGAUGUUGUUUCACUGGACGUGUACCCAGAGACAACAACAGAACAUCUCCCAGACCUGCUGAGACAGGUCAUUGUCUCCAUGACCUCAGCCUGCGACAGCCUGACGGAGGCUGAAGUGACAACAGCUCUCAAGCUCUGCUCAAAGCUGCUGUCACAAGUCCAGCCCUCCAUGGCGGGGCACGGCCUGGAGCGCUCCCAGUCCCUGGACACAGGGGACACUGUCAGUAUAUUUAGUAACUCGGAGCUGUCCACCAGUCAGCAUAGCACACACAGAGACCAGCAGGAUGAGACUGUGGUAGGAAAACAAAGGGAAGUAACUCAGGACUUGAAGGACAACGGUCAGAAAGAUAACACUUCCAUGGAGGUGACGGCUAGUGAUUUAACUACUACAUCUGACCAGGUCUCAGAUCUUAAUGUGAACAAUGAUUGCAAUUUUAUAAUAAAGUUGGUGGAACCUUCAGAAUCUGAUACAGAUGUCUGUGAUAAGGAUAAUAAUGUGAUAGAGGAAGGUUCUAACGUGACUCAGAACAACAUAAAUGGUUGUGUAGAUAGUAAUCCCACAGCUGGGUCUCUGGUGAUCCACGUGGAAACUACAGAAGAAUUUGAAGAUGCUGUAGAGAAUAUUGAAGAACUUCACCAGACCAGGGACAGGGCUGACUGCAAUGGGGAGAGCGAUAAGCUAAAAGAUGAGAGCCAGAUGAACAGAAACAACUCCCAUGACAAUAUACCUGCCUCACCUGAAAGCGGAGACCUCAAGUCUUUGUCCAGUAACUUUAUCUUGACCUCCAACUAUCGUGACAGCGGCUUCAGCGGUUCUUUGGUCACUGUUUCUGGACAGUCUGAGACGAGUGACUUGAACAAGUCACACAUCAGUGAAAGCCAGUCAGGGGAGCUACAUUCCAAGCUGGACAAGAGCCAUGUACCCACUAAUGUAAACAACAACAAGCUGUUGUCAGGACACCUGAACCUCAUGCAGCUGUGUGUCCAAAGCUUCCAGCAGUUCUUCUACAGGUUCACACACCUGCGGAUCUUGACGUCGGAGGAUAGCUACAAGGCUUGCAUGGACUACAUGACCUGCCUGCAGGCCGGCGAGGCCAGGCCAAAGAUCAACAAACUCUCCCUCGGGGACGAGACGGAGGAGGUGAAGAAAGCUUACAAACAAGCUUGUCGGCUGCUGGUGGACUUUGCCAGCUUCCCCAUCUAUUGCACAGAUUAUCAGUCUGUCAUUGAUGAGAUGGGCAGUAAAGAAGAGAGCUCCACUCUUCCAUCAUGGCUCAAAGACCUGCUCAUCUGCAGCUGCUUUGUAGACUGUUUUGAAGUACAAAGUGCCUCGAUAUCCACUCUGUUGGACCUGAUCAUCCUAACUCAGUCCGUGCAGACAGAGCGAGAAAAUAAAACCAGGCACAGCGGCCGCCAGUCGUUCAGUGAGGGAAGAAUUUCUGUUGUCAUUCUUCCAGCCUUGCUCCCUUCUCAUCUUGUUUAUAUCAACAACAACACUAAAUUUUACCAGGUUGUGGCUUCAGAACUAUGGAGCUAUCUGUGUGAGAGGUAUCCCUGCCACCAUCAGCGAUCGGUUGAACUGUUUCACACACUCCAUCAAGUCACACCCAACCCCAACGUUUGUGAAGAUGUUAUUGGUUGUGAUCUAAUCAAUGAAUCGGAGGCUGUCAGGAUUUCAGCAUUCAAAAAAUUCAGUGUGUUGUGGCAUCUCACUCGUUCUAUUAAAACAGAACCCAACCCAUCACGCAGUCCGAGGACAUUUGACAGGUCAAUGUUUGUGGUGCUGGACAGUCUGAAGGAAGAGUCGAGCAUUACCAAAACACUAGCCAUGACGUGGCUGACCCACGUGAUACAGAGGGGAGACACCAGCAGAGUUCUCCAGCCACUGCUGUUGAUGCUGCUACACCCUGACACUGCAAGAAUCUCCAUCCAGCAUGUCAACACCAACAAGCCCAAGAAGGAAUCCGUGUCUGAGGAGGAAGAGGAGGACAUGGAGGCCAAGAUUAGCGCCAUCAGCUCCGAGGGGGGGAACGUCAUCUACCACCUCCAUCAGGGCAAGCACCCCAGACUCAGCAAGAAGCACUCGCAGAGGUCCUCAGAGGAUCUCAAGUCCUACGCCAUGUCCGUCAUGAACAACAAAGGUGGUCACAGCACUGCCCCGGUGAGAACCCACUCGGUCACUGAUCUUUCUUUUGAGAGGGUCAAUCCAGAGAAUGUCAAGCUGAGGAUCAACCCAUUUGGAUCAGAGAGCUCGUUGGAUAAGCUGAUAUUUGAUGGAUAUGAUUUCCCGCAAUCCGCUUCCAUGCCGAACCUGGAGGGCGUGAAGAGGUUAAACACUGACACCUGCAUGAAGGAGGGAAUUUUCUUUGACGGGGCAGAUCUCAAUGAAAAUCAUUUUUCCAAUGAAGAAGGUACAGCAAAAAGUGAAGAGCCGCAAGAUUUAUAUCUAGAAGAGGACACCAUUGAGAAUGAAGACGAAGAAGCAAACGAGAUCUGCGAAUACACUUCAGAAGAGGUUGCUGUGUGGAUUAUUGAAAACCUCAUAACGUCAGCAAUGACUCGUGCAUCGGAUGACUCGGCCCUCGACGCAGAAACCAAUUACAUCCUGAAAAAGACAUCCGGGCUUGAGAUGGAGCAGUCCUACAUUUCUCCAAGUUUGGACGACCUCCGCAAGAUCGACAUCGAUUCCACCUCCGGCAGCGAGAACGGUGAUAGCCGUUUUUUUGGCACGAGCAGCACAAGUGACAAGAUCCGCAUGCAGCUGAGCUCAAGCGCCAACAACCUGGGCGGUGGCAGCACAGACAGCCUCUCUAACCAAGACUCUGAUUCCUCGUCUCGACCGCGCAUCAUGGACCCCAGAGAACUGGAUCCAAAGAGAGACAUACAUGAGCUACAUAUGCAUAUGUUGUUGUACGCCCAACAGUAUGAUUAUCGCCGUACGCUGUAUGCUCUUUCAACUAUACGAGCCAUGCUGCAUAACUGCCCUCGUUUAGUGGUCACAGCCAUGGCUACCACCAGCAUCAGUUCUGUCAGACCACCACAUCUGGCUAAGCUUCAGGCUCUUCUUGGUCGUCAUCGUAAAUCUGUGUUUGGCAAACAGUUUUUCGGAGAUCUGCCGCCUGAGGUGAUGUCCAGUUACCGCAGUAAUAUGUUUGUUGAGAUUGUCAUCUCGUUGAGUCUCUACUUUGUGCGGGGUUAUUAUUCCAACCUCAUGAUGAACAAACUCACGCAUGAAGAGUUGUUGGGGAAUAAAAUGGUGCACAUACUUGGCAUUGAGAUCCUGACUCUGAUGGUGUCAGAACUCCUGUCCAUCAUGAAGGAGAGUGGCAAGAACUUCGUCUCCUACAUCUCAGACCUGCUGUUCCGCUGCAAGCUCCAGAAGUCCCUGCUGCACUGUCUGCUGGCCUCAGUCUACAACCAGGGGCGCAGCGCUCACGGGGUCAACAAGACGGACAGCCUGAAGCUGACGGAGAUGAUCAUUGACUUCAAUGAGAACAGCCUUGACCCUAGCGUCAACGACACCUUCCAGAUGAAGCUUCUGCAGCUGAUGCUUGUGACCAUAAUGCUAGAGGAUCAGAUCCGCCAGGCCCAGGGAACAGUGGAUAGCAACACAGCCACAACUGAAAGAACUCACUUGACUUCGUCACUCCUGAAUGUCCACUACAACCCCAGCCUUCCCAUCAUCCAACAAGAAAUGUUUCUCAGCGCCGUGUGGAGCGCCCUCAAGCAGCACCACCACUGCCACCUGCACCGCCACUGGAUCGGGCUGGUGACGUCAGCGCUGCCUUACAUGGGCAAGGCCAUGGCCCGCACCGUCCUCUGUGUGGUUCUACAGCUGUGUCGCAACUUGGAAAUUAUAGCGCUGGAUCUUGCUAAGAAAAAAGCCACCAUGCAUUGUGUGCCACCUGAUCAUGUGGUCAGCAUGCUUGAAGGGCUGACCACCCUGUGCCACUACUGCCUUCUGGACAACACAAACCCAGUGUCCAUUGGUCAGCCGGCACCCACAAGCAUCAAUAUAUCUACAGAAACAGCAAGCGCUGGCCAGAUAUUGACCAACCUAAUCCAUGUGUUUAACCCAGUGAUGAGCGGGAAGGAACCAAGUCCAGCCAGGGACUCUGUGCCCAUCUCCCCAGUGCUAGAGGCCAGGACAAGGCUGCUGGGCAUCCUGCCACGCAUCAUGGCCUGUAUGGCCACCCUGUGGAAAGCUGUGGCAGUCACGACAGAAGAUGGCCUGUCGUACAUCACAAGUCAUCCGUCAGUUGGGGACUUCAAGGCUGUACGCCAGCACAUCCUGGAACUGCUGAGUCCAAUCUCUCUCCCACAUGGGACCAAUCUUCUGGCAGCGUUUGCUGUGGCCUGGAAUGACAGGAGGCAGACCUCAAAAAAGAGUCGUGUGAGCCCGAGUGCUUGUGAGGACCAGCUCCUGCUAGUGGAACUGGUCAGCGCCAUCAAGGUCCUCCCCACUGACACCCUCAUCCAGACUGUCAAGCAGGUCAUCAAACAGCCUCCACACAGUGACCUCACAAAGAAGAGUGUGCCACUAGAGGUCAACCUGCUACAGUUUUUCUUUGCCUAUGUCCACAACAUCACGACCAUUGCCCAGCUGCUGGACUCGUGGCCGUCACUCCUCAGCCUUGUGCGGGAAUGUCUACAGAUGAACCUAAGUCCCCCAGCUCUCUUUCUCCUCCUACAGAUCCUGCAUGAAUUUGUUUUGAAGACCCCGACCAUGGAGGAGAAAAAGAACCAGAAAGACCUCCAGGACAUCUGCCAGAAAGCCUUGGAGUCAAUUAGUGCCAUAGCUGGCUCCUCACUAGAACAAACCACCUGGCUGCGCAGGAACUUCGCUGUCAAACCAGGACCUCAGAACGAGGAUGAUGAUGAGGGUGAAGUCCAUGAUGAAACCGAUACAAAGGUGGACGCCAGCACUGUCAAAACACAGGUCAGAAGAAGUCAAGUGUCUGACUCUAAGUACAGCGUCCAAGCUCUGAGUCUUCUAGCUGAGCUGACUGCUCCUGUCCUGGAUGUGAUUUACAGCAGUGAAGAGAAAGAUAGAGUCGCACCAUUCCUGACUACACUGCUUUACAAUGUGUUUCCUUACCUGAGGCAUCACAGCUCCCACAACCUGCCCAGCUACAGGGCCUGUAGCCAGAUGUUGUCCAGUAUCUCAGGCUACCAGUACACCAGACGGGCCUGGAGGAAAGAAGCCUUUGAGCUGCUGAUGGAAGCCUCCUUCUUCCAGAUGGACAUCCACAGCAUUUCCCAUUGGCGCUGCAUCAUUGAUAACCUCAUGACCCAUGACAAGACAACUUUUAAGGAUUUGAUGGGCCGUGUGUCCAUCACACAAACUGGAUCCCUGAACCUGUUCAGCAGCAAAGAGCAGGAGUAUGAGCAGAGGUCUCAGAUGAUGAAGAGACUGGCCUUUACCAUUUUCUGUAGUGAAACAGACCAGUACCAGAGAGCCAUGCCAGAAAUUCAAGAGAGACUGGCAGAAUGUCUGCGCCUGCCUCAAGUGGCCAAUGUUAUGUCUUCUGUCUUCCUGUGCUUCCGUGUGCUCAUUUUGAGGAUGUCACCUCAACAUUUAACAUCUCUCUGGCCCACCAUCAUCACUGAAAUGGUCCAAGUUUUACUGCAAGUAGAGCAAGAGUUGUCAACAGAAACUGAUGAAUUCAAUGAAUAUCUGAGGACCCGCAACAGGACACAGAUCCAGAGAAUAGCUGCCCUAGACUCCAGCUGGGCACACCUGGGCAACGGUCUCAACGCCCACAACCACCCGGCGUGGCUGCAGCUCUAUCUGAGUGUGUGUAAGCUGUUGGACAUGUGUGUUGUCCUGCCGGCUGACCAAGUGCCUCAGUUCCAGCUCUACCGCUGGGCAUUUGUUGGGACAGCUGGGGAAGAUGAGUACCAGACACUUGAAGAAAGUAAAGACUUCACCAGGCGGCCCAGCUCUCUCUUUACUCCACACAUCAUCAGACUGUCUCGGCUCCUCAACAACAAGGUUGAGAAAGAACCCAAGCUGAUCAAGUCUGAUCUGGGUCGGCCACUGUUGACCCUCCCCCAGCUGCGCUCCCUGACUGAGCUCCAGUCCUUCUUCUACACGUUGUGCCACAGCACUGAGAUCCACCACAGCAGCCACAAGCCAGCACCCAGAGAGGUCAGAAGCACCACGGACAGGUUCCUGGGCCAUGUCAAGAGCAAGGCGGAGGAGAAUGCUAUGCCCAAUAGAGAGUACAUUGAACACCUGUUAGAAUACGACUUCUUGGAGCCUUUUGUCUAGAUGUUUGUGUGGAAACAAAGCUAAAGAACUUAAUCUUGUAGUUAGUUCUUUCAUUGAUGGAUCCAGAUAAGUUUUGAUAAGAAAGCUAAAGAACUUGAUGUUGUAGUUAGUUCUUUCAUUGAUGGAUCCAGAUAAGUUAUGAUAAGAAAGCUAAAGAACUUGAUGUUUUAGUUAGUUCUUUCAUUGAUGGCUCCAGAUAAGUUACCCCAGCUACACAUAAGUAAAAGAAUUAAUGAAUAUUAUUCUGUGUUUGUGACACGAUGCAGAUUUUCUCUUAAAGAAUGGACUCAGUAAGUUUUCUCUGUACCACUGAUGCCAAACAUCUCAUUGUCCAACUAUACAGAUAAAUUGUGGGUCAGAGAGAAUAGAGAUGGGACAACAUGUACAUAAUUUUUUUGUUUUUUUAAAUUCUAUUAAAGCUCAGUUUUUGCUAUUAAUAGAUUGAUUCCUUUUUCUUGACAAGUGGUUUCAGUUGUCUUUUAAAAGUUGUUUUAAUUUUAUUUUUUUUUUUUUACUAUUGAACGAUACCCUUGUGAACGGAAUUAAGACAGAUUUUUUUCAUUUAUUUUUUUUUAAAUAAUAUAAUUGAAAAUUCUCCUUGAAUGAGUGUGUUUUGUUUUCCUGCCGUGGGUUUUGUUCAGUGUGUUAGUGGUAACUUAUUAGCAAGUUGUAGAAGGGAAAGGGUUAGGUGUUUAUAUUUUGAAAAACUGUGUACAAUAAAACAAAGCUGUGAUUUUUAAUGCUUGACUUUGCUGUGAACAAUUUUAUUUUUAAAUUUAUUUUUUUUCCCCUAAAUUUAUUUAUUUGUUGUUUGUAAAAUUGAAAUUCAAUUCAUUCCUUUUACACAACCACUUUGAGACAGGUUAUACUUCACUAUUAGACAUGUAGAAAAUGUACAAGUAAUCAAGGUAUUUACCCCCUUGCUGUUGUAAUACCACGUUUACACUUGCGACAUGUAUACUAUAAAUUUCUAGAAAAAAAACUUAACAAUAAGUGAGUAGGCUCCCCUAUUAUCUUAGGCCCUAUAGCGAAUUUUUUUUUUUUAGACAUGUAUAGUAUACAUGUCGCAAGUGUAAAUGCGGUAUAAUAAUCUGACCAAAGCAAUAAUUCCAUUUUGGUGUAAGCCAGAAGAUUUUACACCUGUAGUCCAAGUUCUACACAUUUGUAUGAAAUAUUCACUGAGGUUGUUUUUACACUCUCAUUAAGCAUUUCCCAUCAAGAAAGUAUUGAAACUGGUGCAAUAUUUUACCAAUUUUGACAUGUUGAGGGUCUUUAUAUUUCAUUAGAUUUUUAAUAAAAUUAAAGAUGAAAUAUUUGAACCACAUGCUUUAUCUACUCCUUCUGGAGCAUUUUUUUGGCAGAAAAAUGUGCCCUAGUCAACACUAAAUGUUAUGCUAAAUAUCUCCUAGAAUUGGUGACUUUGAACUAAAUAUUUCCUAGAAUUGGUGACUUUGAACUAAAUAUUUCCUACAAUUGGUGACUUUGAACUAAAUAUUUCCUACAAUUGGUGACUGUGAACUAAACAUUUCCUAAUAUCUGUGAAUUUAAUUUAAAUCUGUUUGAAAUAAGAAAUAAAGAACUAAUCACUGUGCAUAUCAUAAUUUAUUUUUACUCUCUGCUGUGCUUCCAAAUACUUGUAGCUUUGCUUAUCAUAGUGAAAUAUCUCUAUAAAAACUAAAUCCAAUGAUGGCUGUUUAUUUAUUGCUCAGACUAAAAUGUACUUACCAGGUGUACUAUGUAAGUAUUCAAAUCAAUUUGUUUCAGUUAAACUAAAGUUUCAUUUAGCAGUAAGUUCAUCAAUGGACUUUAAAAUGCAGCAACACUUUGGGAAAAAAUUCAUCUUCCAUUCAGCUGUUCUCUUAAUGAUACAUUUGGUUUAACUAUUGAUCUAUUUUUAUUUACUUUUUUUUAAAUUAGUUUUUUGCAUAAUUUGAUUGAUUUCUAACAUCUUUGCAUUUUGUUUGGGGUGAAUAAAAAGUGUUGUUUUUUUUCCUUUAUAGGAUUUAUGUUUAGCCUGAUACCACCUUAAGCCUCUGUAACCCUAGACCAAAAUGUGAAUAGUUUUUAAAAAAUUUCUAACUAAAUUAUUUUCAUAUAAAAAAUGUACUAAUUUUUUUCACCUGUAAUAACAGACCAAAUUAGAAAUGUAUCUGGUCAUUCUGUUAGCUACUAAGCUUCACCAUAUACACUUUUUUAAAAAGUUGAUUUAAAUUCUUGUAUAAUUAUGCUAACUAUAUAUAAAAAUGAUGCCAUGUUUAACUGCAUUUGACAUGUUUUUCAACUAAAGACAUAUAUAUAUAUAAAUUUAUUAAGGUUAAAUAAACCCUAUCUUAUUUUACCUUUAAUUUUUUUGUGCUGGGUUAAAUAAAAUCAUGAGAUCACU